AUGAUUCUGGAGAAAACAGUGCAGAGAUCAAGAAAAGACUGGUCAAGAAGGUUAGAUGAUGCAUUGUGGGCAUAUAGAACAGCAUUCAAGACACCGAUCGGGAUGUCACCAUAUCGGUUAGUGUUUGGAAAAGCUUGUCAUCUACCGGUGCAAUUAGAGCACAAGGCUUAUUGGGCUAUGAAGACUCUCAACAUGGAUUUGAAGGCUCCAGGAGAGAAAAGAUUACUGCAAUUGGACGAAUUGGAGGAGUUUUGGAAUGAAGCUUACGAGAAUGCCAAGAUUUACAAGGAGAGAACGAAAAAGUGGCAUGACCGAAGCUUAGGCAAGAAGGAGUUUCAACCUGGACAACAAGUUUUACUUUUUAAUUCAAGGUUGAAAUUAUUUCCUGGUAAGCUUAAGUCAAGGUGGUCAGGGCCAUUUACAGUGGUCAAAGUGUUUCCUAAUGGAGCGGUGGAUCUGAAAGGUGAAAGCCUCGAGACUUUCAAAGUCAAAGGGCUGCGGUUAAAGCUCUACUGGGAGGUCAAUUUGACCAAGCCAAGUCCACCAUGA